AUGUCACUUGACUUUACUAAUAAUAUGUCGUUUGAGUUAACCAAAAAGAAAACAACUGAUAAUAUGUCUUUUGAGUUAAUGGAAAGAGAAAUAGCUAAUAAUGUGUCUGUCAAACAAAUGAACUUUGAACCAAAUAACUCUACUUUAAAAACAUUUGAAACAGCAAGAGAAUGUCGUAAUCGUCUAGCUAGAGAAAGUUAUGCUAGAAAAAUGGUCUACGAAAUCAACUCUUCAGUAAUUGAGAAUUCUGAAAGUUCAUGUGAAUGCAAAAACCAGCUUGAAAGAGAGGCAUAUGCACGCCGUAAAACAACUCUUAGCAAACAGCAAAUCUUACACUGA